CUCCUGAUCGAGACCCCGGCCGUCACAUCCGUCGGCCGAUCAAACCUCGCCGAACUAACCCUGUUUGCGCCGCUAUAAAACCUCCAGGAAACCCGCACCACGUCGUACCCGCAUACCACCGAACCAAGAACCAGGCCUCCCGACCCCACCGUGAGCAUGCGCUUCGCGUGAACGGCGCCGCUGCUCCGCUACCACAUCGGCCCUUCUUCUUCCUCCUCGGACCACGCCGUCUCUUUGUGCUCUUCGUCUCAGACAGUUCCACUGGGAGCUAAGGAGCUAGCGUGAUUCACUAAUCUAUAGCUGGAGAGGACAGGAGAUACAGGCAUGGAGCCCGGAGCUGUCUCGACAAGCAGGGCGGUGGCCUUCUCCUGGGAGCAGGAGCCGGGGGUGUCCAAGGAGAGCACGAAGAAGGUGGAGGCACGGACGCACCAGCUGCGCGUGCCGCCUCCGCCGGGAGGUCCCGGAGCACCGUCCCUGUCGCCGCCGGUGAAGGCGGUGAGGAGCAGGUCCAGCAGGCGGGGCGUCCGGCCGGAGGAGGACCCGUUCCUCGCGGCCUACGUCGCCUGCACGGCCAGCGGCAGGAAGACCGGCCGGGGGCACACCGAGGCCCAGAAGAUGCUCGGGUAGGCCGGGCUUAGGUUUGCUCUUGGGCUUGGCCUCUCUUGCAAGACCUCUUGUGGUGUUGCGGAGCACAGCGUCGUCAGCCUGGCUAAAAAACCCUGAAAUGGAAGAUCAUUAGAUUUCCCUAAAAAAAGGAUGAUCAUUACAUUGACUAUUUCUGGUGUUUUUGUACUAUACGAUUUUUUUUGCCAUUUUGUACUACUGCUGAUGUCCUGUGGUGCAGAUCAUGUUCGUUAGUGGAUGACAAGUACAGUAGCAACAAAA